UUAAAGAAUGCGAGCACAAGUAAAUAACUGUUAGACGCUGGACUUUGGUUUGUUUUCAGUCGGGCUUUUCGAUAAUUUGAUAAACGUCGAGUACGGUGUGAUCCAAAUAACAUCUACCUACGCUAGGAAACAUUAGUGGUAUCUUAUUAACCCUUUUCCUUAAGAUAUAGGGUGUCGAAAGCACGUUUCGUCGCGAAUUUCGUGGUUAGUGCGAGAAGGGUUCAAGAGAGGUUAAGGUUAAAAGUGCAUUUAGAACGUGAACAAGUGAAUAUAAGUGAAAUACAACAAAAAAAUAACAAAAACGAAAGAAAAUCCAUCGCCGUAGUUUCUUUGUUUAACAAUAACAUGGUCUUGAUACCUACGUGAUAAAUUGUGAAUAACCUAUUUUGGAGCUUUAAAUUGCUGUCAUGAAGCUGUUGAGUGCCAAAAGAUACCAUGGAGCCAACCAUUUUUUGGGUGCAUUAAAAUGACUUAAAAGAACAUUAUUAUUUUUUUCUAUGACUAUUAUGGUGUGUAAAGUUGAAUAUCCUAUAGUUCCUACGGUAUUAGAAUGUCGCACAGAGAUUUUACAGAGGUGGAAGCGGAGGGCACAUCUGAAUUGCCAGCAGCAAGCAGGGCUUUGUUUCUUGAGAAGGUUCGGCAAUCAAACGCAGCUUGCCAAAAUGGCGAUUUCCCAACAGCAAUAUCUCUCUAUACCGACGCUUUACAGCUCGAUCCAACCAAUCAUAUCCUAUACUCUAACAGAUCAGCGGCAAGACUGAAACAGGGAUUGUUUACGCAAGCUCUCCAAGAUGCCAUUACUGCUAGAGACCUUUGUCCUACAUGGCCGAAAGCUUAUUACAGGCAAGGCGUAUCACUCCAAUGCCUCGGUAGACACGGCGAGGCCCUUGCUGCCUUCAGCCAAGGCCUGGGCCAAGACCCCAACUCCCAGCAACUUUUGGCCGGAUUGGUAGAGGCGUCGAUUAAAUCUCCAUUAAGGCACAACCUGGAACCUACAUUCCAACAGCUGGAGGUCAUGAAACUGAACCAAAGUCCUUUUGUUCUUAUAUCGGUCGUCGGUCAGGAAUUAUUAGCAGCUGGUUUAUAUCAUUCGGCCGUAACGGUGUUGGAAUCCGCUCUAAGAAUAGGUUCUUGUUCCCUGAAACUGAGAGGUUCCGUUUUCAGCGCGCUGAGUUCCGCACACUGGGCUUUAAAUCAGCUGGACAAAGCUAUAGGAUACAUGCAGCAAGAUCUUGCUAUUGCCAAAAGUUUAGGUGACACGGCUGGUGAAUGCAGGGCACAUGGAAACCUGGGUUCAGCGUAUUUCAGCCAAGGCUCUUACAAAGAAGCUUUGACAGCUCACAGAUAUCAACUUGUCCUUGCCAUGAAAUGCAAAGAUACACAAGCUGCAGCAGCGGCCUUAACAUCUUUAGGCCACGUUUACACAGCAAUCGGUGACUAUCCAAAUGCCCUAGCUUCACACAAGCAAUGUGUCCAGCUGGUGAAACAAAUGGGCGAUCGAUUGCAAGAAGCCAGAGAAAUUGGUAAUGUAGGAGCUGUUUAUCUGGCUAUGGGCGAUUUUGACAGUGCUGUAGAUUGUCAUACGCAACAUUUAAGAUUGGCGAGGAGAUUAGGCAAUCAGGUUGAAGAAGCAAGAGCGUACAGUAAUUUAGGUUCAAGUUAUCAUUAUAAAAGAAAUUUUGCCCAGGCUAUAGUAUACCAUGAGAAAGUUUUGAGACUAGCGCAAGCUAUAGGCGACAAGUGUGUAGAAGCACGGGCAUACGCUGGUCUGGGACACGCAUCUAGAUGUGCAGGUGAUUUCGUUCAAGCAAAACACUGGCACGAGCGUCAAUUAGAUGUCGCACUAGCAACCAGGGACAAACUGGGCGAAGGAAGGGCUUGUAGCAAUUUAGGAAUAGUUUAUCAACUCUUGGGAGAAUAUGAUGCCGCACUUAAACUACACCAAGCCCAUUUAGCAAUAGCUAGAAGUCUUCAAGAUCGAGCAGGAAUGGGAAGGGCGUAUGGCAAUAUAGGAAAUGCUUAUUCCGCAGCUGGUUUCUAUGAAUCAGCUAUAAAAUAUCAUAAGCAAGAAUUAACCAUAAGCAAGGAAGUACAUGACAGGAGUUCAGAGGCAAGUACACAUGGAAACCUAGCUGUCGCUUAUCAAGCUUUGGGCGCGCAUGACAUGGCCUUACUACAUUAUAGAGCUCAUUUAGGAAUUGCAAGAGAACUAAAAGAUACCGCAGGUGAAGCGUGUGCUCUUUUGAAUUUAGCUAAUUGCCUUAGCUCCAGGUCAGAGUUUGCUGAAGCUAUUCCAUACUACGAGCAAUAUUUAAUGUUAUCACAAGAACUGUCUGAUGUUGAAGGGGAAGCAAAAGCGUGUCAUUUUCUAGGAUAUGCUCAUUACUGUAUUGGUAACUAUCGAGAGGCAGUGCGAUAUUAUGAUCAAGAUCUUGCCUUAGCAAAAGAUUUGCAAGACAAAAUGAACAUGGGAAGAGCGUACUGUAACCUAGGUUUGGCGCAUUUAGCUUUGGGACAAUUAGAUACGUCGUUAGAAUGCCAAAAGUAUUUUCUGGCAAUAGCACACAUGACUAAUAAUUUAGCAGGCAAGUUUCGGGCACUGGGCAAUAUUGGGGAUGUAUUAAUUAAAAUGGGAGAAACUGAGGAAGCAAUCAAAAUGUACCAUAGACAGCUGGCUUUGGCUAGAAGCGACAGAGACAGAACUAUGGAAGCAGCAGCAUGUGGUGCUUUAGGAACAGCGCAUAGGUUACUAAAACGAUUUGACAAAGCUUUAGGGUAUCAUACUCAAGAACUAACUUUAAGACAAGAGAUGUCUGAAUUAUCUGGCGAGUGCAGAGCUCACGGACAUUUGGGCGCGGUCCAUAUGGCAUUAGGAAAUUAUACUCACGCUGUAAAGUGCUAUCAGGAGCAACUUGAAAGAGCACAAGAGUUACAAGAUUGUGCGGUUGAAGCUCAAUCGUAUGGAAAUUUAGGAAUUGCCAGAAUGAAUAUGACACACUAUGAGGAUGCAAUAGGUCAUUUUGAACAACAAUUAGCAACUUUAGAGAGGUUAAGCAGCUCGACAGCUCAGUUAGACAAAGGACGAGCCUUCGGUAGCUUAGGAGAUUGUUACGAUGCUCUAGGUGAUCCAGAGGAGGCUGCUAAAUGUCACGAGCAAUAUUUAGCUAUUUCUUUAAAAUUAAAAAGUAUUCGGGACCAAGAACGAGCCUAUAGAGGAUUAGGACAUGCACAAAGAUCAUUGGGCAAUCUUCAGCAAGCUCUGGUUUGCCUUGAAAAACGAUUAGUUGUCUCUCAUGAAUUGGGAAUACCUGAAGCUAAAGCAGCAGCUUAUGGUGAAUUGGGCCAACUUCAUGCUACGUUAGGUAACUUAGAACAGGCAGUGUCAUGUCUGGAACAUCAGAAGAGCAUUGCACGGGAUUUAAAUGACAAAAUUAUGGAAUCUGAAGCUCUAUGCGGAUUGGGCAAUGUAUAUCAACAAAUGGGAGAAUAUUCAACUGCAUUAAAAUAUCACCAAAGUGAUCUAGAAAUUGCCGAACAACUAGAUAUGCCAACUUUACAGAGUCGAGCUUGUGGAAGUAUAGGGAAUGUUUACGAAUCUUUAGGAAAAUUAGACCAAGCUGUUCAAUACCAAGAACAACACUUGUCUAUUGCUAUGAGUACAAAUGAUCAAAUUGCCAAAACUUUAGCUUAUAGUGCCUUAGGUAGAGUGUAUCAGUUACUAGGGAACAAAGUGCAAGCGAUAGCAUAUUUGACUCAAGGUCUUUGUAUAGCAGAAGCGCUAGGUAAAAAAGAUGAAGAAGCAAAAAUUCGAAAUCGUUUAGGGUUGGCGCUAUAUGCAAAUAGAGACCUUGAUGGUGCUCAGAAGCAACUAGAAGCCGCCACCCAUGUUUUAGAAGGCAUACGAAGAGAAACGAAAAAUAGUUCUGAAUACAAACUCUCGCUGUUUGAACUACAGUCUUCGAGUUAUCAAGUUUUACAAAGAGUAUUAAUUUCCCUUAAUAGACCCGACGAUGCUUUAGUUGUCGCCGAGAGGGGUAGAAAUAGAGCUUUUGUGGACCUCUUAUUAGAAAGACAAGGACUAAACGAUUCUAAAUCCAAAUGCAAAGGAAUGAGAAGUGACAUAAUGGAUAUAAGUACCUUAGAUCACCUUAAAGAUAUUGUAAAUAGACAAAGAGCACCUGCACUCUACUAUAGUAUAGCAACUGGAUUUUUAUAUGCGUGGUUAAUCUUGCCUUCCAAAGGAAUAGUCAAGUUCCAUUCAGCGCCAUUGAUGGAAUCACAAGAAUCUGCAGAUAACUUUGACAAUAUUGAUCCGGUUCCAAGUGGCACGGGUUUAUUAGAGAAAUUAGUGAUAUCAGUGAGAGAUAGUCUAGGUUUGGAGUUAAAUCCUUGUAGUACAAUAGCUGAAGACCAAUAUGUUGACGAUAAUGUAUCUGAAAGAACAGGUUUUCUCAGGAUGGUAAACAGACAGCAUUUGAUGAACUCCAGUAACUAUUCUUUAAGUUCUCUUUUCUCACUGGGUAGUGUCGGAGGCUCAGUUGCUUCCCUUCAAGGUAGUACCAGAUCUAGUUCUAGUGCUCAAGGCUCUACUAGGGUUUCAAGGAGACAACUCUGGAAAGGACCUAGUUGUUUGCAUGCUUUGUAUACACUACUCUUGCAGCCCUUUGAAGACUAUUUGCCAUCAAAAAGUGCAAGUUCAAAGAAUGCGGGUAAUAAGAGGGAACUCAUAUUAGUUCUUGAAGGAGAUUUAUAUUUGGUUCCAUUCCCUGUUUUACGAUCGGCAAAUGAAAAUUCCGAAUAUUUAUGCGAAAGGUUUUCUUUAUUAGUUGUGCCAAAUCUAAUGUCCUUAAAAUCCGGUAGGACAAGAAAACAAGACACAAAUCAAACAGUGCGUAGUCUUAUAGUAGGCAAUCCAAAAUUGCCACCUACUAUUACGGAUCAUUGGGGUUGGAAAGAUAUCCCUCAAGCUGAACAAGAAGCUACUAUGGUAGCGGAGCUCUUACAGUCUCAAGUUCUAGUUGGUAAUAAUGCUACCAAAGAGCAGGUCUUGACCCAGAUUCAAGAGGCAGAAUGUGUACACUUUUCCACACAUGUAUCUUGGAAAUUGUCCAGCUUAGUUCUUUGCCCAGCAGAGGUAUUGGAACAAUCACCAACAAAGCGACUUUAUAUUACUGAUAACUCAGAAGAAGAUGAGCACAGCGAAGUGUCAAUCAGUACCGAGAUUCCUCCCCUUUCUGAAUUUUUAUUGAGUGCUGCAGAUAUUUUAUCUUUAAAAUUAUCAGCCCGUUUAGUAGUGGUGAGCUCAUCCCAUACCAGAGAUCAACAAGGAUGGGCUACUUCGGAUGGGCUUGUGGCUUUAGUACGAGCACUAUUAGCUGCUGGAGCUCAAGCAGUUCUUGUAUCAUUGUGGCCUGUUCCAGAUACAGCUACAAAAAUUCUUUUGAGAGCAUUUUACUCAGCUUUACUUCAAGGCACCAGAGCAGCAAAAGCCUUAAGUGAAGCAAUGCAGACUGUACAACACACAAAACAUUUUGCACAUCCUGCCAAUUGGGCUGGAUUUGUUUUGAUUGGAUUAAACGUGAGGCUAUCAAAUAAGGUUGCCUUAAUGGGUCAAGCUUUAUGCGAAUUAUUACAAGUUCCUGAUAAAUGUAGAGAUGCUUUAAGAGUUACUCUCCACUUAGUUGAGAAAAGUUUACAAAGGAUUCAUAGGGGACAGAAAAAUGCAAUGUACACCACACAAAAAUCAAUUGAAAAUAAGGUUGGUACUGUGACAGGAUGGAAAGAACUACUGAUGUCUGUCGGGUUUAGGUUUGAACCAGCCUCCAACGGCAUUCCAAGUAGUGUAUUUUUUCCUCAAUCUGAUCCUGAUGAAAGGUUGACUCAAUGCUCCGCUAGUUUACAGGCAUUACUAGGUCUUACAAGUACCUCCAUACAAGCUCUAUCAAAACUAACUUCAAAUCCUGACGUGGCCGAUGAUAUUAUCGCUGUAAUUCAAGCAGCACUAUCUCAAUUUUCUUCCAAAUCGUUAGAAAACGAUACGGUGGAUGUAGCUUUAAAUGUCAGGUUAUGGAGAGUACCUGGAUGUCAUGAACUUCUGGCAUCGCUUGGUUUUGACCUUUGCGAUGUAGGUCAAGAUAAAGUAACACUGAGAACUGGAAAACAAGCCAAUAAAAGAAAUUUACAGUUCACCUUACAAGCCCUAUUGGCAUUAUUUGACACUCAGGAAGCACCCAAGAGUCUUACUAUCGAUUCAUCUAGCAGUUUAGAAUCUCUUCCAUCUAUCGACAAUGAUUAUCCACACUCUGACAAUGAAAUAUGCUCGACUCCCCAACCGACACCAAAAGUUUUGACAAAGAGAGUUCCACCUCCAUUCAGUCGAACAGUCUUGCCACAUAAACGACUUGGCGGUGCGUUUACGUCAUAUGUCAGGAGACGUGGUGAACCUGAUGGCCGAACAGCAAAUCCUACAGACGUUAAAACCAUGCCGGAUAUUAAAGUACGUAAAAAUAAUACUUUAUCUCGACCUGGCGGAGGAGAGUCCGAUGCAGCCUUUACUCCUAGUCCUCCAGUAGUCAUGCAACCAGAAAAUACUAGUAUAGCUAUGUCUCUUGCCCACCAAUCACGAAUAAGAUCUCUAUAUCCACAAACCGACUCCAAAGCAGACCCGAUGAGACCCGAUAGUUCAAGUUCAGCAAGCUCAGCAACAGAUUGGGAGAGUGGCCACGCUACAGUUUUAAGAAGACAAACCCAAAACCAGAUGCCUCCCUUGCCACCUCCUAGAACAAAUAAACCUCUCGUCAACUUGCCACUGUAUAAUAACCUGCCACCGGGUAUGUUUGAGAACAGUUCUGACAGCGAACUAGAAAAAAUGGAAGCGAAAAUGUUCAGUACUAAUCCUCGAGUUAAAAUAACAUUUAAAAAGUCAAGAAAUUCAAUGUGCACUCUUGAUAGACUAAGUGUAAGAACAGAGGUAUCUCAUCCAACGCCAUCAGUACUACUUCAACCGCAGCUGUCAAACAACCGCAAACCAAUAACUCUACCGAGCGAGGAAACGCUUCCUUCAAAUGAAAGAUUGUUAUACUUUUCACCAAACGAAUCAGACACAACAGCAACUCUAUCAUCUUUGGUAUCUAUGGCAACAACUGCUGUAGGAGUACCAUUAACAACUACAGUAGGAGCAACUGGUGAAGGCGAUGAUCCGGAGUUGGUCGGUACGAAAUCGGAUGCAACAGUUGGGAUUAAAUCAAAUAGCGCGGCUGCACUCCACGACACAAUUUUGGCAACUCAGUUGAGGCACAUAAACCGAGAAAUGACGCCUACAAUAUCUGAGGUGUAUCAUGAACGAAAUAUUGGUCUAGGAUUAGCACCGCCAUUAUCUAAGUUGUUGUUAAAUCAAUCUAAUAGUUCUGCUCCAAAAACCGACAACACUGUAUUGGAGAAGAUUACUUUAGGUAUAUUAGACGACGAAGAUAUAAGCAACGAAGUGAAUGGAUCAAACUGCCAAAGGUGUAAGAUGGAAAGAUGUACUUGCCAAAAAUCUAAAUCAUCCAAACCAUGGUUAACUGAAAAUGCAAGUGCUAUUCAGCAAAUUCAAAGUUCCGACCUCACGACAGCUGAUAUUUUAGAAAGGGAAGUGAAAAAUAAGAAAGUCUUAAAAGCCGAUCAAAGGAAGAAAGAUGAACACGAACCCAAACGACUGUCUCCUUUUUCUGAAAUGUCCCGUAGAGACGAAGGUGAUGGCAGAAGUAUAGCUGAUUCAACAUCCUCCAGCUACAAGAACACUCAAUUUUUAACCUAUCACGGAGCUGACAAAACGAAAAGCAAAUCCAGUGCGAAAAUUCGAACGAUACCCAAGCAGAGACAGCGAAAUACACAAAACUAGAAGGAAAUUAGUACAACCCAUAUCUGUAAGAAAAAAGAAAAUUAGUGGAACAGGGUGUUAUUUAAUUAUAUAUUCUUUACUAAGAAAAUUCGACUGAAUAUACAAAAGUAAACUAAUAUUUUAGAUAGAGCAUAUAUGUGUAUAUGUAUUUUGAGAUAUUUAAUUUUCAUUUAAAAAAAUAAAUGUAUA